AUGUCAUCCAUCAAUCAUGGUCAGACCAGUUGCGUUCUUUUGGGAACAGCAAAACUUUUAGCCUCCAACUCUAAUGGAAGAACAGUCGAGUGCAGAGCAGUAUUGGAUUCAGGUUCACAAAUAAAUAUUGUGACUGGACGACUGGCAUCCAGAUUGGGGCUGCAAGUAAGCUCCAGUUCGAUUUGCAUCGAAGGCAUAGGGAUAGGUAAAUUGAGUUCAAAAAGUCGUACAACACUUUCUGUGCAAUCAAAAGUGACCGAUUACAAAACAAUACUUGAAGCAUUUGUGUUGCCAAAAAUUGUAUCCAAUCAACCAUCGCAACACUUACAAAUUUCAAAUUGGAAUCUGCCCAAUAACAUCCAAUUAGCAGAUCCUACAUUCUAUAAGUCUGACAAAAUUGAUAUGUUGCUUGGAGCAGAAUUUUAUCAUCAACUCCUAAGUCCUGGUCAAAUACAACUUUCAAGGGAACUACCAAUUCUACAGAACACUGUGCUCGGAUGGAUCGUAUCUGGAAAAAUCCAAAAUGCUAACACAAUGAUUGCAACAUGUGGAAUAGCAUCAGAAGAUAGUUUAGAAAACGCAAUAGAACAACUUUGGAAGGUUGAAGAAGUUGAUACUCACUCAAAGGUCUUAUCAAUAGCAGAACAACAAUGUGAAGCUCAAUUCACUCAAACUACAUAUCAGAAUGUUACGGGACGAUUCAUCGUUCGUCUUCCUUUUAUAAAUGACAGAUUCGCUUUGGGAGAUUCGAAAGACAUUGCUACAAAUAGAUUUCUAGCACUAGAGCGUAGACUUUCAAAGGAUAGUCAUCUCAAACGACAAUAUGUAGAGUUUUUAGAUGAAUAUGAAAAAUUGGGACAUAUGACCGAAAUAGAUAUUGAAAGGAUUAUGUCACCACAUUACUUUAUACCACACCAUUGUGUGCUUAAACCUGAUAGUACCACCACCAAGUUACGUGUGGUAUUUGAUGCAUCAUCCAAGAUAACUUCAGGACAAUCUCUCAAUGAUUUACUACACAUCGGACCAACUGUUCAAAGUGAAUUACUGUCUAUUUUAUUACGAUUCCGUCUUCCUCGUUAUGUGUUUACAACAGACAUUGAAAAGAUGUACCAACAAAUACUUGUACAUCCAGAAGACAGACAAUGUCAGCUUAUCGUUUGGAGAAAUGAACCAAGUCAACCUAUAAAAUACUUUGAACUCAACACAGUAACAUAUGGUACUAGAUCAGCACCGUAUCUAGCAACCAAAUGUUUGCAAGCUUUAGCUGAUGACAAUAUGCAAAAUUAUCCAUUAGGUGCAUCUGCUCUCAAACAAAACUUCUAUGUAGAUGACUGUUUACACGGGGCAGAUAGUCUGAGAACAUUGUUGGAAACUCAGAGUCAAUUAAACAAAAUACUGACAGCAAGCGGUUUUAAAUUGAGAAAAUGGUGCGCAAAUCAUCCAAGUCUACUACAAGGAAUUCCACACAAUGACUUAGAAGUCAAUUUAGAUUUAGAAAAUAAUAACGAUACAACAAAAACUCUUGGGUUAUCCUGGUGUCCAAAAUCUGAUAGUUUAUGCGUCAAGGUUAAAUUGGAACCUGUUUGCAGCACGACGAAGCGCAGUGCAACCUCAGAUUUAGCAAGGCUAUUUGAUCCACUAGGACUUUUGUCACCAGUUGUGGUGAUGGCAAAGAUCUUUAUUCAAGAAUUAUGGAAUUUAAAAAUGGAUUGGGAUGAAAAACUGCCGACUGAAUUACAUAAACAGUGGUUAGAGUUCCGGAACAAUUUGACGAAAGUAAAUUGUCUGCAGAUAUCUCGUCAUAUUUUCAAGGGCGAAGUUCCUGCCAACAUUCAAUUACACAUCUUUACAGAUGCAUCAGAAAAGGCAUAUGGUGCUGCAGCGUAUUUGCGAUCAACACUUCAGAAUGGUCAAGUUAUUGUACGACUAUUGUGCGCUAAGUCUCGGGUUGCACCUUUGAAAAGGUUGACAUUACCUCGUCUCGAACUUUGUGCAGCUGUGGUUGGCGCAGAACUAGCAACAAGAAUAAAGAACGACCUACAAAUAAGAAAUUACCAGACGUUCUUUUGGUGUGAUUCACAAAUAGUGAUAUCAUGGAUCAACUCUCCAUCAUCAAAAUUUCACACUUUCGUUGCAAACAGAGUAAGCAACAUUCAUCAAUUAACAGCCACAAGUCAGUGGCGCCACGUCAGUUCGGAACACAAUCCAGCUGACAUUUUAUCAAGAGGCCUUGCACCCCAUAAACUACAGUCAUCAA